AUGCUGGGCAGGCAGCUGGUCAAAAGCCGACGGCUGACCGGCACUGGGCUGGAAUUGAUACGAGGGGCUUGUAGCUCGAAGCCGGAACAAGCAAACACUGCGCCGUCCGAGCUACCGAAGAAGGCCAAGCAGUUACAGCACUUGGAAAAAUUUCCUGAAAUCUUCCCCGACUUCGGCCAAUCGCCAGUAUGGAAUCGCCGCGUGGCCCUCCGAGACGAGCUCGAACGUGCGGACAUGCUCGAGCGUCGCAUGCAGCUCGACAUCCCAGAAUUUUAUGUCGGAUCAAUACUGGCCGUCACGUCCGCCGACAAAAAUCUGGCGUCACGUGAGCAUCGAUUCGUCGGCAUUUGCAUUCGACGGGAGCAAGAAGGGCUGCACCAUCGAUUCACGCUGCGCAAUGUGGUUGAGGGGAUCGGCGUUGAGAUCAUGUACGAGAUGUACAACCCGACAAUCAAGAAGAUCGAGUGUUUGAAGCUGGAGAAACGACUGGACAACGAUCUCUCCUAUCUGAUCGACGCUCUCCCGGAAUAUUCCACCUUCGAUUUCAACAUGGAGGGCGUGGCUCACCCGGCUGGCACCCCGAUUCCGGUCAAUUCGUUAAAGGUAAAAAUGAAGCCGGCCCCGUGGUCAAGCCGAUGGGAAAUCCGCGGUUGCCAGGGGAUCGAAGACGCCUGGACGGCUCAAACGCCGUAUUUCAAACGAAAACUCCAUCACACGAAGAUGAACGAUUACUUGCAAUAUGAUCUCAUUCACGACUACAGGACCGGCAGCACUUUGGAGCACGAGCUGAAGGUGGAAGAAGACAUGCAAAAGUUUGAAAAGUCUCGCCACGAAGCCGGCCUGACUCGACGACGCAUUUUCCGUUCAGCCGCCGUCGCCAGAACA